UCAGACAGGAAACAGAACACAAAGACAUCUUUGUAAGAAAACGACAGCUUCCCUUCCAUACCUUUCAAGUUUCUAGCUGUUGAAGCUUCUAAAGCUUAGAUCUAUUAGUGUUGGGUUCUUUGUUUUUAACAAGCCUCUUCAUUUUCUUAGAUCUCAGGGUUGAGUGAGGAAAACCCUGUUGGAGCAAAGGAAAACAAGGUAAAGGACAAUAAUCCAAUAAUGGGUUAUUAGGGUUUGCACUUUUUUUAGUGAUGAAACCAUUAAGAUCAACUUUUGGGUUAUUCAAAAUGAAGAAAUGGUAUGGUGGAGUGCUGAUUUUAGUUCUUGCUAUAGUCAUGGUUUUCAGUUAUAGCCUUAGAGAAACCCAAAGGCCCCAACCAAAAAAAAAGCAGUCAGCCUAUGAUUUCUUCAAUAACCAUCCACCCAUAGAUUCUCAUAGGAAGGGAAAUGAUUCCUUUAAACUUCCCAAGGUGGAAGCUAAAAAACCAUCCUUAAUACAGAAACCCAAACUUAUCAAUGUUGAAGGGCUUGACGAAUUGUAUGCUCCAAGAAAUGUUUCUGAACAGGAGUCAAAUGUCUUGCUUUUGUGGCCUCAUUUGCACUUGCUAUUGUCGAGGUCUGAUGCUUUACCUGAAACUGGUCAGGGGAUUAAAGAGGCUGCUAUAGCCUGGAAAGAAUUACUUGCUUUGAUUGAGGAAGAGAAAACUACUAAACUUAGUAAUAACAUCCGACUGAAAGAGAAAAACUGCCCUUUCUCGGUUAGCAGCCCGGACAAUGCAUUGUUUAGUGGUGGAAAUAUACUUGAACUACCUUGUGGUCUAGUUGAGGAUUCAUCCAUCACAUUGAUUGGUACCCCUAAUGGGAGCUAUCGGAGUUUUGAAAUUGAUCUUGUGGGAUCAAACUUUUCAGAGGAACCGAAACCUCCUAUUGUAUUGCAUUACAAUGUCAGUGUUGCCGGAGAUAACAUGACAGAAGAGCCGUUUAUAGCUCAAAAUACAUGGACUAAUGAACUUGGCUGGGGAAAAGAGGAAAAAUGUCCUUCUCAUGUAUCUUCUAACAAUUUAAAAGUUGAUGGACUUGGUCUUUGCAAUGAACAACUUGUCAGAAGCACCAUGGAAGAAAAUCAGAAUGUUAGUGUUUCUAGUGGCGAUGCCUCGACAAAUGCUUCCCAGGAAAGCAGCCAUGCAAGUGCUAAUUUCCCAUUUGUUGAAGGGAACCCAUUCACAGCUACCUUAUGGGUCGGUUUAGAGGGGUUCCAUAUGACUGUAAAUGGAAGGCAUGAAACAUCAUUUGCAUACAGGGAGAAACUUGAACCAUGGUCAGUUAGUGGAGUCAAAGUUGUAGGUGGUUUGGAUCUCUUAUCUGCGUUUGCCAAAGGCUUGCCUGUUCCUGAAGAUCAUGAUUUAAUUGACAAUUCCAAGAUACUCAAAGCUCCUGUGAUUACUAGGAAAAGACUUGUAAUGUUAGUUGGGGUCUUCUCCACUGGAAAUAAUUUCGAGCGUCGUAUGGCAUUGAGAAGAUCUUGGAUGCAAUUUGAGGCUGUACGCUCCGGGGAUGUAGCAGUCCGGUUCUUUAUUGGCCUUAAUAAGAACUUACAAGUCAACUUUGAGCUGUGGAAAGAAGCUCAAGCAUAUGGAGACAUCCAAUUCAUGCCCUUUGUUGAUUACUAUAGUCUGAUCAGUUUGAAAACUAUUGCAAUUUGCAUUAUGGGUACUAAGAUCCUCCCUGCAAAAUAUAUUAUGAAAACAGAUGACGAUGCCUUUGUCAGGAUUGAUGAAGUUCUCUCCAGUCUCAAGGAAAAGCCAUCCAAUGGCCUAUUGUAUGGCCUUAUAGAAUUCGAUUCAUCUCCUCAUAGGGAAAAAGACAGCAAAUGGUACAUCAGUGAUGAGGAAUGGCCACAUUCUUCGUAUCCACCAUGGGCCCAUGGUCCAGGUUAUAUUCUCUCUCGAGAUGUUGCGAAGUUCAUUGUCCAAGGACACAAAGAAAGAGAACUCAAGCUUUUCAAACUAGAAGAUGUUGCAAUGGGUAUAUGGAUUGAAGAAUUCAAAAGAAGUGGCCGAGAAGUGCAUUAUAUCACCGAUGACAGAUUCUACAAUGCCGGCUGUGAAUCAAAUUAUAUUCUUGCGCACUAUCAAGGCCCAAGGAUGGUGUUAUGCCUUUGGGAAAAGUUGCAGAAAGAGCACCAGGCCUACUGUUGUGAGUAAUAAUUUAACCAUACUUGAAGCUUCAUUCAGCUUUACAUGUAACAUUGAAACCAAAGCUAACCUUUUUAGGGAAUAGUGUAUACGCAGUUCAUGUAAUUACGAGAUUUUAAGCACCGUGGAUCUUACAUUACAACACUCAUUAUUUGGUGUCAUAUAUCAUUUGUUCAUUCUUUAA